GCCGUCGACCUCCUUGCCGCAAUGCCUUCCUGGAACGACGAGGAAACCAGCUCGGAGGAGGAGUGCGAUGUUGUCAGCAUGGACAUGGGACUUAUGGAGGAACCAGACACCACUGUGGAGCCCCUUUUCUGUGGCCAACUUGAGCUUGCUCAUCCCAAGUGCAUUCUGCACCAACUGAGGCCUAUUAAGCGUGUUGCUUUUGAAGGGCCUGUAACAGGAAGGCGUUUCUAUGGCUGCCCAGUCCAGGAAAAUGGUGUGAAUUGUGGUGUUGUAGAGUGGGUUGAUGGGCCUUGGCCAACUGUUCUUCAGAGAUGUCUGUGCAAGCUAUGGGAGAUGUUCCAUGAGCAGAACUUUGGAAGGGUACAGGACAAGCAGAAGUUUGAGAAGGAGUUGGCCAGGCUUAAGAGUGAACAUGAAAGGGAGUUGGAUGGUAGGGUGGACAAGAAGGUGUACCAGAAACAAGUGGAGGAGGAAGAACUUGAGAAGAAGAAGAAGGAGCUAGAGGAGAAAGCUAUGUUGGAGGUGCAGAUGGAAAAGCUCAAACUUGCAAAAGAGCAGAGGUGCAUUUUGCAGAGCCAAGCUGAUAUCAUCAAGAACACCAGGAAGGCUAUGAAGGUUGUUGAAGUUGACAGAGAUGUUCUUAAGAAGGAGAAGGCAAAGCUUGAGCUUGUUGUUGCUGAGCUGCUGAAAGAAGGGUAUGGCAGCAAAGAGAAGUUAGAGCAAAUCAAGGCCACCCUUGAGUCUUGA